AACGCGAUGAGUGAGCAUCGAGAGUGUAGCGCGUUGUUAUUGCGACUGUCGUUUUCUGUGUGUAAAUAGUUCUUUUUGUCUCUCCAAUUGUGUCCAAAAGGGAAAUUAGUGACGCGAGUUCCGAGUUCGAGUUGCGACAGUCCGCCCUGCGUCCGAAUAGACCCUCGAAAGUCCCUAAAACGGACGAGCAGCGCGCAUUCGAGCCAAGGAAUUAGGAAAAACAUUUUCUCGACCGUCUGUCGCGGUACAGUAGGUGUUGUUGUUGUUGCUGUUGUUGGUCGCAGCCGCACGAAGUAGGUAGCGAGCGUGACAGGGGCCGAGGAGCGGGGAGAGAAAGACGUCCGGAGUUUCCACACACAUACACACGCACACGUCGAUGUAAAGUUACGAGAAAAUUAAAGUCCAAGAAAAGUGCAUUGAAAAGCAAAGAAAAUCGGGAAAAGUCAAAAAUUUCAUAGAAUUCGUGGCAAAAGUUUGGUUUCCUCGGGGAUAAUUGGAUUUCGCCGCUCGGCAGCGUGUUGUCCCGCGGUUAAUUUCGUUCGGUCUUGAGUGUGCCGCGAGUUGGUCCUUUCUUUGGUUUCUCUGGUCCCACGUUUUCCGCUUUCAGCUUCCUCCUUCGUCCGUUUCCCCGGAUUCGUCCUGUUUUCCGUCUCGCAGUGGAAAAAUGUCAUCAACUAUUGGAAUACACCUGCACCACCCUGGCACGUCGCCGUCCAGAGCGAGCAGCGACUGAUAAAUGGGAUAAAUUGUCCGAGAAUGGCAAUAUAAGAUCCACGACAAAUCAACGAGGACAGAAUCACACCAUCAUCCCAUCACAUGCAUUCAAAAUGUACAGGCCAAAUGUAUGAAUUGCAAAACGGAAAACACAACAGGUCCUAGAAUGCACCCUUGUGGGAAACGACGAAAUAUCGUACAAUAUGCAGUCUGGCAUUUUUAGAAGCGACAAGAGAGAGUAUCUUGAAAUAAAAUAAUAAAAAAAUAUAUUUAAAAAUGAAAUAUGAAAUCCCAGUGAUUUUACACGAAUUAAAUCUUUAAAGAGGGAAAAAUAAUGUCAGUGGAAAGAAGUGAUAAUGAAAAGUGUAUUUUUUCAAUGCGACGAAGUGAAUAAUGAUAAUAAAAGAAGUUUAAAAGAGAAAUGAAGAGAAAGGAGAGAUCCAAAGUGUGAAGGGAAAAUAUUUCAAACGGAAAAAUCUUGGAAAACUUGAGUGCGUGUUCCUUAAAAAGAAGUAGAAUUGUGCGAAACAGUGAUGAUGAUUUAUCUCGGGCAAAGUAUCUGAAAUCUGGGAGAGUAUCUGGCAGUGAAUGAAGUCGCGUAUGAAAAGAAAAAAUCAUCCUUUGUCAACGUCGUCCUUGUCAGCAAUUCACCACUAUCUUCGUGAAACUGCUUUAAAACAAUAAAUAAAAGCUAAAAAAAAAGUUUUAUAUAUAAAAAACGAGAUAUAUAUAUAACAAAACAAUAAAACACGCAUUAAAGUCUUAUAAAAAUAAUAUAAAAAAAAUAAAAUAAAUAAAAUUCCAAAAAGGAACUCGCCCUGUGGAAAACACAACAAUUAUCGUCUCCAUGUGGAACUCAAAGCAAAAUGGUACGGGAGACUCGACAUCUUUGGGUUUCAAAUCAACCCGAAAUUGUACGUGAGGAUAGAAUACGUGAUCACUUUAAACGAUCUUCAGAGGAUGUUUCACCGCAAAGCUUCGAACAGCGAGGAAGCAGCUACUACGAUCGUAAUUCACGUUUAGUUAGUGAAACGGAACCAUAUAUUAGGCGUUCAAAUAAUUUUCAUGAUUUACGUGGCCGGACGAGAGAACGAGUUUAUCGGAAUGGUCCAUGUCCUUACACGCCGAUAAUAGACAGAAGUAUAUCCAGUUCACAUCAUCGUCUCCCGCCAUGGUACGAAGGUUCCAGUUCAAUAUCAUCAAUAUCGGGCCAAGGGUCAUCGCCCGCAACUCGAAACGUAUAUGGGAACGUAGCGAGCGCGGUGGUUCAGCCUGACACGAGCAGCCUGUACGACUGCCAGGUGUUGAAAAACAAAAACAAGAAAUCUCGUUCCGGUUCCGAAUCGCCGUGCGGCGGUAGCAGUAGUGUAAAUGCAACUAGUAGUCAUAGUAGUAGUCAUAUAGUAGAUCGGGGGAAUGGCGGGAGUGCGGCGUCGAGUCGGUCGCAUUCGCGGAGUCCCAGCAGCUGUAGCUCAACGAAUAGCACGUCGUCUAAUUCGCACGCGUCCAGCCCCGUGUCGGGGAGCGAUCCACCAAUGUCCUCGACAUCGUCGACCACGUCGCGAUCACGGAACCUGCAAUCGGCUGUAUCAGCACCAAACCAAAGCGGUAAGUUGGCCCCCUUGCCUUGUCGGAAGCCGUCUCCAACUGAGUCGUUCAUUGCAGGCAACCUUGUCGUUCAUUCGGAAGACAAUCGACCGUUAGCGAUAUGCGUGAGAAACCUGCCCGCCCGUUCGUCAGACACAUCGCUCAAGGAUGGUCUUUUUCAUGAGUACAAAAAGCACGGGAAGGUGACGUGGGUGAAGGUGGUCGGGCAGAAUGCGGAGCGGUACGCGCUGGUGUGCUUCAAGAAGCCCGAGGACGUGGAGAAGGCACUGGAGGUGUCGCAGGACAAGUUGUUCUUCGGCUGCAAGAUCGAGGUGGAGCCGUACCAAGGCUACGAUGUCGAGGACAACGAGUUCCGGCCGUACGAGGCCGAGCUGGACGAGUACCACCCAAAGUCCACUCGCACGCUGUUCAUCGGCAACCUGGAGAAGGACAUCACGGGCAGCGACAUCCGCAACCACUUCGAGUGCUUCGGGGAGAUCAUCGAGAUCGACAUCAAGAAGCAGGGGAUGAACGCGUACGCAUUUUGCCAGUAUUCCGACAUAGUUUCGGUGGUGAAGGCAAUGCGCAAGAUGGACGGCGAGCACCUGGGCAACAAUCGCAUAAAACUCGGAUUCGGCAAGUCCAUGCCCACGAACUGCGUGUGGAUCGACGGGAUCGCGGAUAGCGUGAGUGAGAACUAUCUGAUGCAACAGUUCAAGAGCUACGGUCCCAUCACGGAGGUGGUCAUCGAUCGAGACCGCAAGUUAGCCCUAGUUUCAUUUGAGCAAGUACAAUAUGCACAAUUGGCUGUGAAAGAAAUGCGCGGUGCCACGCUACGGGGGCGCAAGCUGCAGGUGGACUUUGCAUCGCGCGAAUGCCGCGAGAAAUUCUGCAGCAAGGUGGAGAAGCAGACGGCCGGAUCGCGGUUCAGUAGUCGAUACGGCUGCAGUAGCAGCAGCGGGGCGAGUGGCGCCAGUGGGAACCCUGACGGGCCGUCCACGUCGCAGUCGCGAUCUCGUGCAUCGUCCUUCAGUCGACACAGUAAUCUGAACUCGACUUCAGCGUCAAGCGUGGGAGGAUCGUCGCCGGCCGGUGGUAGUAGCAGUGCGGCAGGAGCCAGUGGGAGUGGGCCAAGCGGUGCGUUACCUUCGUCCAGUGGAAUGGGGGCAGCGGGAUCAUCGGGAGUGUCCUCGGGUGCUAGUGGGAGCGGCGCCGGGGGCACCACGCCGCGGGGCAGUCGUUCAGGUCGCGUGCUCCGACAUUCGGACUACGACUACGGCGAGCAACGGCUACGUAGCUACGACGAAUACAGUCAAGGCUCCGGAGCUUCGCACGAUGAUGAUUCCUAUAAUUAUUCGAGUAACUGCUUGCGGUCGGAUUCGCCCCAGUCGCGGUUGGGAGCGAGCACGCUCGAUACGCUUGAAGUUAGUAGUACUAGUGGUGGACGGCGUCGAUGCGACAAAAGUCCAGGUGAUAUACGAAACUUACAGAAGGAACGAUUCCAAAUAUUGGAACAACUAGAAGAGUGCCCGUCCAGUGGUGAUGAAUUAGUUAGUCCUAAGAAACGAAUGAAGUUCGAUCAUUCAUCACAUCAUCAUAAUCAUCAUCACACAAUAUCCAGCCUAACACAACCUGUGCAACCUUCGUCGCAACUGACAUCAUCGUCGACGUCAUCAUCGGCUCCGUCGGGAUCGAUGCUGCCGGGCCCGACGCCGCCCGGUCCGCACGAUUGUAAUUCAAACAAUAACACGAGUAGCAACAAUACUAGUAGUAGUUUACCGCCGACGAAUCCCCUUAUCGGCGACUCCAACUGUGAUGUAUAUAGCAACCAUAGCAAUGUGACGAAUUGCUCGCUUCACCAUCGGAAAUGUGUAGAAGUGAGACGUCUAUCUGAAUGCAGCCUUAACCUUAAGUAUGGUAGCCAAUUAUCCUCAAGCUCGACAGCAGCAGCGGCGGCGGCGGCAACAGGAUCGUCGUCGUCGUCGAGUAGUCGUCGACCGUCCACGGAAAUAUCAGUCGGCGCCACAACAGGAGCUGGCGCAUCGUCAGCAAUGUUUUCCGGUGGAAGUGGCGGUUCGUCGAUUCGCCACAGCGGAUCAGCGAGUAGUAUAGGACCGCCGGAAUCGUCAAGUAUGGGCUACGCGGCCCCGCAUUCGGUACCAUGCAAAAGGCGUCGAACAGGCGCCAGUUGCCUGGUGGGAGGAGCAGGAUCGUCAGCAGCGCUGUCUAAUAGCACAAGCAGCGAUUCUAACGAGCAUCAUUCGUCACGGGGGAGAGGACAUCAGUUGCACUCACAUCAUUCGCACGAGGCGUCGGGAGGAGAAAGUGCGGACGGAUCGCGACCGGGCACGCCUCUGUGCGAUGAGCGACCAGAAGUUUCGCUGUCAGAACCACGUAGAAUACCCCGCGAUAAACCGCACGAACCCAUGAUGUUGCCGCUGCCGAAAUUUGGAAUACAAUUUUUUCAGCAGCAUCGGCUCGCCGCCAGUGCAAUCGGCGGCGGUGUGGGGAGCCAGGCGACAUCGUCGUGUGGCGGACCGUCGUCGUCGUUACAUACAGGACAAAUGUAUAGUUCUUCUUCGAUUAAUUCUUCUUCAUCGACGAAUAUUAGUAAUAUGAGUAGUAAUAGCGUUUUAUUGAAUAAUUCGAGUUUUUCUUCGGCGCUGUUAAACAGUAAUAAUAGUCACUCUAGUCUUAGUAAUACGUUGUCGAGCCCACCUCCGUCGCUGGUGGGCGCGGCGAGGCUCUCCGCGCCUUCGGCUCAUCAUCAUCAUCACCAUCACCACUCGUCCAACAACAGCAGCGGGUCGAACAGUUCGUCAUCGUCGUCGUUGUCGCACCAUCAUCACCAUCACCACCACCAAGCGCAACAGCCUCAUCUUCAUCACCACCAGCAGCCGCACCACCCGAACUACCACCAUCCGAGCGGCUCCAAUUAUACCUCCGGCGAACAGCCGCCGUCAAGUCCUCUGAGGCCGCGGUCGCUGAGUUCUAACUCGAGCGACUCGGAUGGAGCGAUGAUGAGCCCAAGUCCGUCGAUAGAGGAGCGUCUGAAAACCCUCGACGAGAUGUACGAAAUCUGGUCUGGUGGUGGUGGACGAAACACAGUUAGCUCACACGCUACAGCCCCCGAACAUCCGGCGUUUUUCACGCAAUCGAGGCAUAAAUUCCUGGAACUUGACGUGAACGAGGUGAAACCAUCAGAAUUCGCGAAACGAGUGCUUGCGAAGAAAUCGAUUUUCGAUGAUGAUCUACAGCGGCUGAAAAACAUCAGCGACAAGUACGAGCCUGGGGAUUUCUCGAACAUCGCGAGAAGCUCAUUGGUGUCCACGUCGCCUGGCAUUCCAAACCUGGCGGCGACGAAAACGCCGGUUGUGGGUGGAAAUCCCGCAGCGAAACAGAAUGCCGCUCAGUCGUCAGUAUUCCAUUCGCCCAGUGUGAAUUCACUGCAAAGAUUGAAUUCACCGAUGAACAGUCCGCAGGCAAUGUCGCCGUACAACAGUCCGUCGCCUUCUCCCGUAGUCGCGGCCACCAUGGCCAAGACAGCGAGUUCACAACAGGCUGCCGCGGUUCCUGCGCAACCUGCAAAAGGUUUACAGUAUCCAUUCCCCAGUCAUCCUCCCGUUGUGAUGACUCCUACAACUCCACCGACAACUCCAGUCUUAUCAACACCCCAAACUAAACCAAAGAUUGCUACAGCUACGAAGAGUUAUAGCUUGCAGGAGAAGCCCGUGACCCAGUCGCUUUCUCAGCCUUCAACUCCGGGUGGAGGAGCGGCCGCGGGUACGAGCAAUCCUAACCGAGUGCUGUGCAAAUCGGCGUCAGUGCCAGGAAGUACAAAUGUUGGAACUGUGAAGACAUCGUUAUCAGUUCUGUCUCCCAACCUACUGCCAGUGACAACAACAGCAAAGUCAGACGAGUCCAAUGAGACGACGACAACAUCAAGCUCGUCCCGUCGGAGUAGUGCAGAUUUGUCCUCGACGAAAUCAACAUACCCUAAGUCGACGGCGGCAAAUCAAUCGAAGAAAGCGGAUAAAAUUCACAAGCAGAACCAUCGAAACGAUAGCGAUACAAAGAAAAGCAAAAGCGAGAAGUCUCGAAGUGAAUCAAUCGACAAGCGGAAAACUUCAUUUUCCUCUGACGACAAGGACGAGGCAAGUGAUGUUCACGAAAAAGAUACAACUACCAAUGAGAGGCUACAAGCUGAGGAUGAGCGGUCAAAGAAAUCGGAUCCCAGUGGGAAGGAAGUGAAUGAAAGAAUCUCGUCCACUUCCGGCGGUUCAACGAAACGUUCAGACAAGGAAAAGUCAGAUCGUAGGGCGGAGAAACGCCGUGAGAAGGAAGAGAAAGAACGGGAAGAACGGGAAAAGAAAGCCGCGGCGGAGCUUGAACAACGCGAAGCGGAGGAGCGAGAACGGAAAGAACGAGAACGCAAGGAACGAGAGGAAAAGGAGCAGCGGGAGCGUGAAGAACGUGAACGUCGUGAACAGGAGGAACGAGAACGGCAAGAGGAACUUGCUCGCAAGGAGCGAGAAGAACGCGACAGAAAAGAGCGUGAGGAGCGUGAGCGUAAAGAACGUGAGGAGCGUGAGCGGAAAGAACGAGAAGAACGUGAACGCAAGGAGCGUGAGGAGCGAGAACGUCGUGAGCGUGAAGAACGCGAACGCAAGGAACGAGAAGACCGCGAACGGCGAGAACGCGAAGAACUUGCACGACGUGAACGUGAAGAGUGCCUGCGCCGUGAAAGAGAAGAACGCGAACGAAGAGAACGAGAAGAAGCUGCCAAGAGAGAGCGUGAGGAGCAGGAGCGAAAAGAGCGAGAAGAUGCUCUCCGACGUGAGCGUGAAGAACGCGAACGAAGGGAACGGGAAGAAGCGAUACGACGCGAACGAGAGGAGCGUGAGCGCCGUGAAAGAGAGCGAGAUGAGCGCGAACGGCGUGAUAAGGAGGAACGUGAGCGUCGCGAGAGAGAAGAGCGAGAAAAACAAGCAGAAGAGCAGGAAAGAAAAGAGCGCGAGGAACAACUACAACGAGAGCGUGAAGAACGAGAGAGGAAAGAACGUGAGCGUUCGGAGACGAAAGAACGGGAGGAACAUGCAACCGACAAACGAGAUCGGAAAGAUCGCGAUGAUAGCGAUCGAAGGGAUCGCAAAGAUCGAGAAGAACGACGAAUGUCUGAGCAACAGACAGAGUCGAAUGUCGAAGAACGUUCCGAUCAUGAUGCUGACAUAAAGCUUGAAGACCUUGGUGAACGAAUCAGCGAGCACCGGGUGAAGCAAGAAGACUUCUCACAGCAUCUACGUCAGUUUCAUCACCACAAAGAUGACAAGCACCAUCAUAAAGACAACAAUAAUGACACAAAUUCAACAAUCAAUGACGACAACUCCCUGCCUGCACCCCAAACUAAACGGCGAGUAUCGGCGACGUCACCUGUACGGAUGACGAAACGCCGUCUGAGCUCGCAAGACAGCAUCGAUGCCGAAGAGAAUCCGAAACGCCUGAAAACAAACGCAGAAAGUCGUAAAACUCUGGAUCGUCUAGACUCGAAAGAUUCCAAUCGGUCCUCGUCGAAACACCAUAAAUCACACAAUCGGGCCAGUUCCUUGACGAAAAAUUCUGAAGACAAGCUUCUUAGUCCUGACGAGCGAUGUCGAAAGGAUUCAGGCUUUGAAGAGAAAAAGGCUAAAGACAAGGAUCAUAAAAAAUACGAUAAAGCCUCGUCGCACAAGCACAAAAAAUCAUCAAGUGCCAGCAUGGACAAAGAAGACAUUGAAAUCCGUAGUCCAACUGAAAAGGGACACAUGUUCGAUAUGCACGACAUUCGGUCCUCGGAUGACGAUCAUCAACACCAGCAACAACGAAAUCGAAACAGAAAAGAACACAAGGAAAAGAAGCGACACGAACACGACGAGGAGCCCCAUCGACGAUCAUCUGAUUCGAAACGCCAUGACCACAAUCGCCACGACCGAAAACUGUCGGCGAGGUCAGAGGAAUCGAUUCAGAAGAAUUUGCCUGAAAAAUCGCGAAACAAACCACCCUCGCGUAAGAUGACUCAAAGCUCGAACGAAUCCGAUUCGGAUGAACCCAAGAAGCAUUCCAUUUUCGAUAUCCUGGACGAUGGACCGUACGUGUCAAUGUACGACAAGGUGAAAGCCCGGUCGUGUAAGAAUAUGCAGAAACAAGAGGAGGAGAAGAAGAUCAAGGCGAAAUUCAGCCAAUUGAAGCAGAGCCGGGCGAAACGUGAGGAGAAGAAGCGAUCAACCAGCUACGAUGGUGAUUCGGAUUCUGAUUUCGACGAUCGCCCAACGAAAUAUAAGCGAAGUGGCUUCAUCAACAGCUCGUCGGACGAAGAAAGCUCGAUGAUGAACCGAAUUAAGGAUUCGCUUAUUUCGGACUCAGACUCUGAUGUUCGAAGAGUUCAGUACAAUCCGGCCCGAUUGAAGGAAAUUUGCGAUGGAGAGAGUUCAGAGGGAGGAAGCAUCCCCGGAAAGUCAAUCCCAUGCAAGAAAAUAUCGUCAAAACGAAACUCUAGAUCGACGAGAAUCGUGUCUGAUUCAUCGGACACAGAGUCAUUGAAUAGAAUCAAAUCAGAAAGUCGCGAAGGCCUGGAGGAAUCACGCGACAAACACGACAACAUGUCCAUCAAGCAAGAGGUUAAAGUUGAAGAUGAGCCGGAGAGAAAGACGAAAUCGAAUAGAUUUGGCGUGAUAAAGACGGAGAAGGAAGAGCUUCCGGAGGAGUCCUCUUACGGUUUGAAGAUCGAGAUCAAAGAGGAACCUAACGACGACAUUUACAGCAGUCACGUUUCCGAAUCUGAAGCGAAUGUUUGCUCUGGAAGUGCUGUGGAAAGUAAAGAUUCCGUUCUUGAACAGCUAUUCGCCUCGGAUGUCCGCAAGAAGCAUAAGAAGAGCAAGAAACGUCAGAAGCUUGCUUCUUCACAUGCAUCGGAAAUUGAGAGUGAUAAAGGGAUGGAUAUCAAGCUCGAAAAGCAUUCUCCAACAUCCAUGGAGCAUGUUUUCGAUGAGCUGAAACGAGAAACCGUUGUGACCUCAAAUUCCUCAUCGAUAGCUUCGUCAAUGCCACACUUCCCUGAGAAGAAGAAACACAAAGAUCGCAAGGAGAAGAAGCGUGAAAAGUCGCGGGAAGAGUACGAGAAACUAUCGAAGGAGGAACGUCAUCGGUUGAAAAAGUCGAAGAAGUCAAAAGUGUCUGCAGAACGCUAUGGACAAGAUGCCGGCACAACAGGAGUGUCCAAACGCAGCGGCGAGAAGAUGGAGGAUAUAUUUGGACCAAUAUCAGAUGAUGAGACUCAGCUUUCAAUGUCUGACUCGAUUCCGAAGGACUCUUCAUCAUCUUUGUUGUAUGAUAACAUUUCAACGGGACAUAACAUGCAACCUGUAGUAUCUGCAGCUUUGAAUCCAUACAAACAAGAACCAUUAACGCCCAAAUCACAUACGGUCGAGGAGAAUGAAGAAAAUAAACAAAAGACCAGUUCACAUGCUGAGCGUGAACGGCACCGGAAGGAGAAACGCGAGAAGAAGCGCAAAGAGCGUGAGCGAAACCGAGAGCAGCACGCCUUGGCAGCAUUCCAACAACAGAAGCACGAGGACGAGAACAGUGUGGAUUUGGACGAGGCUGGUCGCGCCUUGGAGGCGCAGCUGAUGGAGGACUCCGACAAUAAACUCACCGAAGAGACGACACCUUCGACAGCAACAACACACAAGAGUGACAUGCAUGAUGUGUUUCGAUUCUCCGACGGGGAUGAGAAUAGCAUGGAGUUGGUGUCGCAAGAAAAGAAAGAACACACGGAGCCACACAAAUCUAAAGAGAAGAAAAAGAAGAAGAAACGGUCGAAAGAGGAGCGGCAUCAGAAGCGCGAGCAUCAUCAUCACGCCUCAUCGACGCACAACAAUGAACUGCCCACUCUUUCCCAGAUUCCAAAUAAACUUUCGAUUGAGAUUUCAUCUCCUACAGACGUCGGCGAAAAGAGUGAAGAGCUCUGCAAACCAUCGCCAAGUUUACCUUGCCUUCUGGAUGAGAGUCCACCUCGCAAGAACAAUUCUAGCUCUGACUUGAACCUUUCCAUUUCGCCCUUGUCUCGGGAGCAACCCAAUAUGAUCAGCCCCAUACCCAAGACGCCAACAAUCAGUUCAAACGCCGCGAAACCUAUUGAAUGCAAGAAGAAACCAGAUAAAUUCAUCCCAGGCUUCGAUGUGGAACUUGACGAGAAGAUCAGUGAAUCGGCUGUGAAGUCUAUUUCAACUGAAUUCACUUCGCCCAAUCUGGAUCCACCAAUUGUCGAGGAGCCAAAGAUAGUCAUCGAUAGUCCGCUAGACACCAAAGUAGACAAAAUUGAAGAGAAAUCGAGGGUAGUGAUCUCGCAGGAAGAAACAGAGGAUGCAGUGGCAGCAUUACUCGGCGAGAGCUUUGGUACGAACACCGGGGACUACUCCUUUGGUGAUGAUGGUUGUGAAAUCCAACCCGAGGAGGAGGUAGGGGUUCAGGAUUCCACUGAACCUAUUAUUCCGGAGGAAGAGGCGGAAGAGAUGCGCAAGGCUGUCCAGAGCCUAAGCACUGAGGAUAUUGAGAUAAAACCAGAUACUCCACAGUCUGAGCAAGAUCUACAAAUCGAUACUGAUACUGAGGAACCGGAAGACGAUAGUCAGAAGACAGAAGACCAACAACCAGAAAAUUCGCCGCCAGCGACUGAAGCUUCGACCAGAAAGCCUCCAGUAGCAGCAGUUUCAUCUGCAUCUGAAACGAAACCUGCGGUUCAAACCAAUGCAACGUCAGUGAUAACUGCGAAUACAAACGAACCGAAAGUGAAUAAAGAAGUCGAAACUCCGAAGAAGGCUGAAGCGAGGAGUACACCACAACCGGAACCUGAGAAGCCUGUUGAAGUAGCAGAAAAAGUAGAGCGCUCUAGCCCUCAAAUCCCAUUCGCAACAACUCCGCGAAGGAGCAGUCAGAGUCCAGUUCAGCAGCAGCCAACACCUGCGUCGCCAUCAAUUUCCGUGUCGCCAAAACCAACGCUGACAACAUCGCGUGCACAGACGCAAUUUGUGAUGCAACCGCCAACUAUCAGUAUCCCUGAAUCGGCGACGUUUGUGUAUCCGCCAAUUAACGUGACGUUAUCACCACGCCCUAGUGCAGGAGGUGAUCACCGCAUGCCAUCCCCAAGGCACAUUCAACAACAGCAAGUUCCUCAAUCGAUGGGACAGCAAUCACCUGCCGCUCAGUUUGUGAACGUCAGAGUCUCAUCACCUCAGAGUCCUAGCAUGCGAGCAAAUGCAGCGGCGGGAAUACGACAUCCAACUCAGUUGAGUCCAGUAAUGCCAGCGCAUAUGGUUAUUCAGCAAAGGCAGUUGAUGUCGCCACCAAGCACCCCAACUGCAAGUCAAUCGCAGACUGCCAGCCAAGGAAACAUCACUCUGAACAGAAUUCCUGUUACGACAGUGUUGGCGCCGACUUCGAAGCCUAUUCAACAGACGAACAUAAUAUUGCCACAACCGAACACUGCUCAUGCUUCAAUAAUUACAACCGGGGACAGCAAGGACCAGAAACCAAUCGUGCCCCAAACUGCAGUGUACCAAAGCGUUCGGGUGACGACCCCGACAUCCAGCUCGUCCGGUUCACCGAUAAGUAUUGCGGGUCAGGCGCAGUCACCCACUAUCCAAUUAGCUACACAACCCACAAUAAAAUCUGUAAUUGAAACGUAUAGCCCGGCACAGAUUCAGCAAAUUGUGCCGAUUCAAGUGACUCAAAGUAAGGGUCCAUCUCACCAGACAGUCGUUCUGCAGUCGCCGCCUCAGUCGGUUAGCAAACAUCAACAUUUGCAGACUGUACAGUCGCCAAGAUCCUCUGCACCGCAUCCACCAUCUCAAUCUCAACAGAUGCAGCAACAAAUGGUUAACAAAAUUGCUCAGCAGCAAAUGUUCCAGCAACAAAUGAUGCAGCAGAGACAACAAAUUCAAAUACAGCAACACCAGAAGCAAUUCCACCACCAGCAACAACACACGGCCCAAAUCAUCCAAAUGCAGCAGAAGCAGCAACAGAAAUCGCAACAACCUGGCCAACAGGCGCCGCCGCAAGUUUUGCCAGGGCACCGUAUCGUUCAGCAGCAGGUGUUGCAAGUCCAUCCUUGUGCACCGCAAGCUUCGCAGACGCAACAAUUGAGCAAGGACAUCACUCACAAAAUCACAGUGCCAAUGCCGGCUCAGCUUGUUCAAACCAUGGCCAACAAAGACCUACAGCAAGCCCGGAUCCAGCAGAACCUAGUUGUGGUGCGACAACAGCAACCUCAAGUGACUCCAAAGCAGCCAAACGUACCUCAAAUGCCAAGUCAGCCGCAAAUAUCGCAGCCUUCUCAGCCGAUUAUCCUGCAGCAAAGGCAACCGCCAUUAAAUCAGGUGUCUUCGCCUUUGAUAUUCCAACAGAAGAUACCGGCACAACUGCACCAGACCACCAUUCCGAACAUAAUCCAUCAAGCCACCGUGAAGGUUCAAAUUCCUGCCUCUCAAGCGCAAGAACCAAACUCGCAAGCUUCGCAGGCGCAGACUACUACGAUUCCAUUGGUUAUCAGCAGUUCCAAGCCGUCUGUGAAUGAAGAUCAAAAUCAUCAGAAGACCGUGACCAGAGUUGAAUCGCCAACGAAGGCGCCACCUGAAACGAAGGAGAAGGAGCAUGCAGAGUCGGUGGAACUGACUGCUCUUCCAAAAGAACGUGAACCUGAAGUCCAUUCUGCAGCGAAUACAAAUGAUACAAAGAAAGAUGUGGCUAAAUCAGAACCGAAAUCCUUGUCGCCACAACAGCAGCAACAAGAACUUGAGAACGUCUCGGUUAUCAAGUCACAGACAGCUGCAACGCCGGUUCAGCCUGCUCAGAAUACGGUUCUCUCGGAGGAAAAUGUGAGCAAAUUCUCAGUACCGAUAGAUGAUCAGCUUGAACAGGAUUCUAAGGAGGAUUGGUCUGCGAAGGAACUGAAUCUGAACAUCGAAUCUGUAAUCAAGAAAGUCGACGCUCUUUGUUCGAAUGAUGAAGACACUCAAAUUAACAAGAGCGGGGACAAGACUCCAACCGAAAUUAAGGAAGAUGUUCAGAAAACACCAUCGAAAGUUGCUACUGAAAUAAAAGAGUCAACUACAGAAAAGGCCACGGAGACGCCAGCAGCCACUUCCGUCCCUGCCCAGGAGAAAGAACCGGAGCAUUCCGAGGCUGGUAACAUCACCGAACCUGAAAAGAGUGAGGAUACCCAUGAUGAGGAAGAGUUUGAUGAAUCAACUGAAUCAGGAAAGGCGGUUCGAGGUGGCAAACGAGGCGGACGUGCUAAUCGCGGAGGAAAGAAAGCUGCUCCUGCCCCAGUUGCCGUUGCGGCUACACCACAAUCGCCUGCACCAAAUGUUGAAGGUGUCCAAACCCGUCGAGGCAAAACAGCUCAAGGCGCUAGAGGCCGAAAAGGGCGUGGCGGUCAAUCACGAAGCCCUGCUGUUGCUUCUACCCCUGCUGUUGCGGCAGGCGAGAAGAAAACACGACAGCAAGGUUCCGAUCAAGAUGUCUACGAGUUCCAUGAAGAUUCCGGCGAAGAAAAUGUUUCAACAAAGGCUGAACGUCCACGUUUGAUUUUGACAAUCAAAAGUCCCGGCCAAGCCGCCCCACAAGUCAUCCAGACCAAGGCUAUUACCGGUCCUGCACCACCAUCCCAACCACCACAGCCUGCUCCGGCGGUUGCUCCAUUGUCAGCGACUCCUAUGGCACAGCCUCAACCUCCAUCGACACAAGUGGCUCCUGAAGCAACGACACCACCGCAAAAAGAGCAAAAGGAACGAGAAGAAUUCCCCACUCCAGCAACGAAUACCAGGAAAUCGAGGCGCCUUUUGGAGAAAGAUGGCGGUGUUGCUGCGGUUCGUAAUACUGUAGACGAUACUAUUGAGGAUGUUGUGCGUAAUUCUAGCUCACCAAAGAUACCUCCUGGAGCGCAAACACCUCCAAGAAGAUCGACGAGAAAUUCAGCGCAAGUAAGUACACCAAGAACAGCGCCACUACAACCUGCUGUAGACAAAAUGGUCGAUGCUCGGAAGUCACCUAGAGCUAAUCGUCGGUCGAAGGAUCGAAAGAUUAGUGAAACUUCUGUGGAUAGUAGUGACGAGAAAGGCGCACAUUUCGAUGAGAAGUCGAUCAAAUCACCGGCGCAAGUGCAAACGCAACAGCACCAUCCACAACAGCAUCAACCGCAACAGCAUCAACCGCAACAGCACCAACCACAGCAGCAUCAACCGCAACAGCAUCAACCACAGCAGCACCAACCACAGCAGCAUCCACCACAGCAGCAUCCACCACAGCAGCACCCACCACAGCAGCAAUCAACUGCCAGCGAAAUUGAAUCAGCUUCAAGUUCCGAUAAGAAGUCUGCUAUGGAAGUUGCGAAUAAGGACAAAGAAGCGGCAACAAACGUUCCUACUUCAGUUUGCGUUACUGCACCGUCUCCAAAUAACAAACCACUCGAGAGACCGACCUCGAAGCCUAGAGAUCCCUCUGAAACACUGGCUUUGAUAGACCCAGUUACCGGUGUAUUGACGGUAGUUCAACAGAGCAAAGAAGGACAGUAUGUGCCAGUGCCUGGAGCACCUAUAGCUCCGGCCAAUGCUAAACUUGUAGGAAAGCAUGUAAGUCAACUUCUUCUAUCCAGAGACGAUGCCAAGUUGGAUGAAAAUGCUAAACAGAAAUCGGUUGAAUUAAAACAACCCGAGACUGCUACAGUUACGAUAGAAACGCAAAAACCGCCAACUGUCGUUGUGAGUACAUCACAGCAGCAACCUCCCGUAACAUCAUCAAGCGUACCUCCACAAGGAAGCUUGCAAUCCGGGGGAGCUCGUUCUCAAACGCCAAUUGCGCAUGUCGUGGUUCAACAGCAAGUUCAAAAAGUUCAGGUUCAUGUACAGUCCGCGCAACACCAGGCUCCGAAUGUUUCGUCUCAAGACUCGCCGCACGUGCAGGUCUCUCAGGCGCAGCCCAAUUCACAACAACCACAGGACCAUGGCCAAGGACAACAACCUCAAAUGCAACUUCAGCAAAAACCAUCGCAAAUGCACCCACCAACAGUUGUACAUACUCAGUCGCAGUCCGUUCAACAACAACCGCCACUGCAGUCACAACCUCCUAGGACUCAUCCCCUGAAGGCUCACAUGCUUAACAGUCAGCACAACACUACUCUGAGUAAACCAAUUGUGAGUCAAAGUGUUGUGAAAGUUGCUACUGGAGUUGUGACCCAGCCAACGACCACGGUUGUGUCGAAUCCUAACAUGUCUAAACCCCAGCAAACGACUAUCGUCCAAUCGAAUAUUGUGACUCGUCAUGUCACCCAGACAGGAAUGCCAACACAACCUCAGCAAGCUAUAAAUCUCGGUCAGAUUUCGCAGCAAAAUCCAGGGCAACCAGUUCAUAAUUUGUAUGUGAACAUACCUCCAUCAAGUGCUGCGGUUCAAGUUGCCGUGGCUCAUUCGCCUCGGAUUCAACAAACUGUCGUGGCAAAAUCAGAUCAAGUGCCGUCUUCUCAGCAGCCUGUGCAACUCCUGCAUGUGGUGACGAAACCGAUUAGUGGUAGUCAACAGAUUAUCGCCCAACAUCAACCGGUGGUGAUUCACAGCAAUAAGAUUCAACCGCCCCAAACCCAGUACGCCACAGUCGUCCAAAGUGGCAAAAUUAUCCAACAGGCCACGCCAAUUCAGGCGACAGUAGGUGGAAAGCCUCAAACUAUCCAAGUAACUAUGCCUCAUAUGCCACAGCAGCAAGGUCCAUCAUCACAGCAAGUACAACAGCAACAAGCACAACAAUUGCAGCAUCUUCAGAAGCAAUCAUCUACUGUUUCUGUUGUCACCCAUCAGCUGGGCAAACAAGUGCAACUUCCUGUCCAACCUCAGCAACAACCCCACCAUCAACAGCAGCAUUCCGGCAAUCCGCCUGCGCAUAUAGUACAAACCGGGCAACCACCAUCAGUCCAACAUCACGUAGCACAACAGCAGGGCGGAAAUGUAGGCAACACGGGAAAACCAUCCAAUGUGACGCCCAAUACAAUUCACCUGGUACCCACCCAGCAGUCAGCUCGUCUUAUAGGAUCACAACAUAUCGUUACGCAUGCCGCGCAUCAAUCAUCACAUCCUCAUCAACAGCCACCCGGCGGAGCUACCAUCUUGCAAGCUAAACCUGCACAUCAACAACAGAUCGCUGCUCCUAAUAAGGGUGUGAUUGGAUUGCAUCAGAGUGCCCAGGCCCAGAUUAUGACGGGUGCGGUGCCAAGUCCACCGUUGAAGCAAUCGCUUGUUGGUAGUCAGCAGCCUGUUGUUACGGGUGCAAGUAGCUUGCGUGCUUCGGUGCCACCUAUCAGCCCACAGGGACAAGCUCGGAGUCAUAUGUUGCAGCCUGGUCUGGCGACCCCUGCUUUUGAGGCUACAAUGCAUGAUAUGGGAGGCUUUGGAGCGCAAUUGUCACAAAGUCCUCCGCCUGCGCAUCAACAAGCGUCACCAAUAACACCGGGAGAAGCGACAUUUGCUGGAGGUGCAAUACGUGGAAUGCCACGAGAUCCCUACAUAAUGUAUCAACAGUAUUAUCGUACUCAACCUGAAGCGAGGAUACCUUAUAUACCAAGAUCUCCAUUGGUUCAGGGAUCAGCCGCCGAUCAAAAGGACAUGUCCGAAGUGGACGAUGCAAUGGUUGCUAGUCCACCAUUGGAGCUCCGAAGGCCCGGAAGCGGACCAAGAACUAUCGCUGUUCCUCAUAGCCUGCAGAGCCCACAAGAUCGUGCAACUGAUUCCCCUCAAGUAGCACAAGUGUAUGUGCAUACUCGCAUUCCACACCCACAAUAUCAGGAAGUAAGUUCUCGCUACUACGAACCAGUACGACAAGUUACUGCCGAACCACCACCAGCUCAUCGGCCGCCUCAUAGUGUUGUGGCCCCAUCACCAUCCAACUUUGCCCCACAACCAUCACCCGGACCACCAACAAAUCUGACCCAUUUACAUCCGAAAAUGCUUGGACGUGAAAUUGAACGUGAACAACGGGAGCGUGAACAACGCGAACGCGAACAACGUGAACGUGAACAACGCGAACGUGAGCAACGUGACAAUGAGGCGCGCUACUAUGUGGACGAUAAACGUGAUCGUUUGCAAAGGAAACGUGACACGGAAAGAACAUCAAUUCCUCAAGGUCAUACAGGUAUGCCAAGUCAUGACAGUCUGGUACCGGCGAUGCCUACACCGACUGGACGAAGCAUCCAAGUUGCUACGCCGCCGCAUGCAAGCCAAGUACCACCACAAGGAGAUUCCCUGCUGACUUUGUUGCAACGCUAUCCGCUCAUGUGGCAAGGACUAUUGGCGCUGAAAACAGAUCAGGCUGCAGUUCAAAUGCAUUUCGUUUUCGGCAAUCCGUUGGUGGCGCGCGGUUCUUUGCCAUGCAAUAGUGAUGGCAGUACUCCACCACUACGAAUUGCACAACGAAUGCGACUGGAACAAACGCAGCUUGAGGGGGUUGCGAAAAAGAUGCAGUAUGAAAACGAGCACUGUAUGCUGUUGGCUUUGCCUUGCGGUCGAAAUCAUAUGGACGUGUUACAACAAUCACGAAACCUUCAAACCGGAUUCAUAACGUAUCUGCAACAGAAAAUGGCAGCUGGAAUUGUAAAUAUUCCAGUGCCAGGAAGUGAUCAAGCUGCCUACGUUGUGCAUAUCUUCCCAUCAUGUGAUUUUGCCAAUGAAAACUUAGAACGAGCUGCUCCUGAUUUGAAACAUCGCGUGGCUGAGAUUGCUCAUCUUCUAAUCAUCAUUGCAACGGUGUAAGAAAAAUAUGUUUUAUAUUAUACAAUCAAAAUUUGUCUUGAAUGAGUUCUUUAUAUGCAAUUUUUGUGUAUAUGCGGGACAAAUUGAAGUUAAGAGAUUGAUUGAUUGAUACCAAUGAGACAUGGACGAGACUAAACAAAAUAUUUAGCUAUCUAUUUACGGAGGAUGAGAUACUAAAAACUUCAGGGAAAAAUACAAUUUUAUUGGAACCAUCUUUGAAGAAAUGAUAGUGAUCGUAUAAGAAAUAGAUAAGAAGCGGCGCGGAAUGUUAAAAAUAAGCUUAAAUUCAUGAGAAAGUUGAAUGCUGUAUAGAAGAUUGUAAAUAGGAGAAAUUUAAUGAAAGAUAGUUCAGGAAAUCUAAAUUAUUAACGAUAGAAAUAAAAAGGAUCAGAGGAAAGUGAAGAUAAUUCAAGAGUUACUAAUUUAUCGACAGAAACUGUCUCCGCGGAGGCAUUUUCAAUUGAAGGUCCGUCACUUCUCUCUGUCAUAAUCGGACGAGUUUCUAUUUCAUUUCAUACUUAAUUUGCAUAGAAAGGUCAAUUGUUAUUUUAUUUAAGCGAAUCUAGGUUUUGAUCCGUGUUAGUUUCGUUGUUUGCAGGACUUCUUUCCUAGAAAAAUAAGGAGCGGUCAUUGAUUCAGAGAAAUAUUGAAGUAAUUUUAUUAGAAACCAAAACAAAAUGCGUGUGUAUAGCAGUGACAUAGUAAAAUGAAAACAAAAUGUCUGUGAAAAAUAAGCUUAUAAAUUUACAUAAUGGUUUGAUCUCAUUUACAAUUGUUUUCAAUGAACUUUGUUCAUAGAUUAUGGUCCUAGCUAGAUCGCAACUUUUGAAUAUGUUACAGUUUUGUUCUUAGUGUAGGAACUCCUGGAAUAUGAUGAAAACACAGAAAAAUUAGGUGAACGAAAUGAAACAGCUAAGACAGCUUACGAUUGCGAGUCUCAUGCGUGACAAAAAGAAAAUGGAAAAGGACAGGACAGGACAGGACAGUGACUGAUCUGAGGAGAGUUCUUAUUCACUUGAUUGAACCCGUAGUCACUUUCUGCGAAUUGGCUGAGAAUAGCAAGCAAAUCAAAUCCAAUUUCGCAUAGAUCCUUACUAGGUUUCUUUGAUUUUUCGACCCCGCUACUGCACGGGCCAGAGGCUAUAAAAGGAGAAGCCAUAUUCGAUUUUCAGACCUAAAAUUAGACUUUCCAUUAAAUUUUCCAAUGGAAACUCCUGAAAUCGCUUUAAUUUUGGGCGUAAAACUUUUAAAAUCCUCCGAACGAGGAGAAUGAAUCACGAACCCCCAAAAUCAUCAACUGCACAAUAUGUUGUCUUUCUGUAUUGGCCCAAAAUUCAGAAGCACAAUGAGAAUCCGCAGAGAUAGAGUCGCGUCCCCCCAAAGGAAGGAAUGUGCUUAUUCACUUGAUUGAAUCUGUAGUCCCUUUCUGCUUAUCGACUCUCGAAUUGGCAGAGAAUAGCAAGCAAAUCAAAUCCAAUUUCGCAUAGAUCCUUACUAGGUUUCUUUGAUUUUUCGACCCCGCUACUGCACGGGCCAGAGGCUAUAAAAGGAGAAGCCUUAUUCGAUUUUCAGACCUAAAAUUAGACUUUCCAUUAAAUUUUCCAAUGGAAACUCCUGAAAUCGCUUUAAUUUUGGGCGUAGAAGCUUUAAAAUCCUCCGAACGAGGAGAAUGAAUCAUGAACCCCUAAAAUCAUCAACUGUCCAAUAUGUUUUCUCUCCGUAUUGCUCCGAAACUCCAGAAGCGCAAUGAGCAUCCGCAGAAAUAGAGUCACGCGUCCCCCCCCAAAUGAGACAAAAUAAAUCCCAGAACUGUGUCAAAUUCAACCAGAUAUAACGGUAUAUGUAUACCACCACAGAUACAGAUAACAUCCCUUGUAAAUAUUAAACCCUUCAAUUAUAUUGUGUAAGUUUUUAAGAGCCUUUUUCUGUCUGUUUUUCCCGCUUGAAUUCGUUUUCAUGAUUGGGAAAAGAGAAGGAAAGACGCCAACUUGGAAAUUUGCUCGGAUUAUGUAUUUAUUUUCAAUCCACGUUUAUUAGUUUUAUUAAAUUCAAGUCCUUGUUUUGAUAUUUUACUCUGCUUUGUGGAAGCUCGUUUUUGUACAGUUGGGCCUUCUUAAAACGGGGCAACUGGCAAACUCAACCGAGAGCAAAAUAUCUUUACGAUGGCGGAUUUUAUGCGGGAAAUGAAUUUAGGAUUUUAUUUUUUAAUGAAUGUAGACACGUCCCCCGUCGAAACUGUGAACACUAGUACCACCAAUUUUUUGUUUUUUUUUUUAAUUUAUCAAUUUUAGAUUUAAUGAUGUCAAGUUUUUCAGUUAGGGUUGGAGGGAGAAUUCAUAGACCCGAUUUGAGGGUGAUGUACAUUUAUAUGUUAACAAAUAAUCUUUUUUUCUAUUAUUUAAAUAUAAACAAACGUUUCUUUCUUUUGUAUAUGAAUCUUUCCGUGCUUUACGAUUUUCACGUUUUCUCAAAUUGAUAUACUUUGACUUCGACGAAAUGAAAUAGUCGCAGUUUUUCCGGCUUGACACGCCCAGUCCAUUGCAAUUUCCUUUUUUAUGUUGUACUUGGUUCGGUAAUAUUCUGGUGAUAGUCAAUCACCUGCAAAUAAAAGAAGAAAUUGCAGUCGAUAGCCCCCACUUUUGUAAAGUAUUUGAGUAUAUGAAAUCUGAAAGAAAAAACACUGACGAGUCCCUUCACUGAAUGGAGAAAAUUCAAAUCUAUCAAACCUUUUCACACCUUGUGAAACACAGCAAACGACGACGAUUGCAAAGUUCAUGUUGAGGAGUUGAUAUAAUUCGUGUUGAAUGAAACACAAAACACCUGUAAAUCUGUUUAAACCCAUAAGAAAAUAAUUCAAAUAAUCUUGAGGCCGAUUAAUGAUAAUAUUAAUGAUAGACUUAUAAAUACAUUAGGAGCGCAUGAAGAAGAACAAAACACGUAACAAUAAAACGAUGAAGAAGAAUUAAUUGAUAAGUAGAAAUUUAUUAAAAGAAUAAUCGAAGAAGAGCUAAGCAUUAUGUAAGUAGUGAAAACAACAGAAGUGUACGACGACAAUGAAGAAACAAAACAAAAAAAAUAACAGCAAACAACUACGAAGAAGAAUUAAUUUUUAACAUAAAUAACGAAAAUAGUAAAAAAAAAUCAUAAAAUGAGUAAAAAACCACAAAAAAUUCUGUUCUAAAAUUAAGUGAGAGCGUAAGAGUAAAUGUAACGACAAAAUUAUAUAUAAAAAUAAAACAACAAAAAAUUACUUGAUUGUAAAAAACAUGUAAACCGUUAUAAAUACAGCAUAUAAAUAUGAUUAUAUAUAUAAAUGAAUUAAUUACGAUAAGAACUAAUUUAAACAGAAAACCUAGCAGCGACAGAAAAUGAGGAAAAAAAAAGAAGAGAAAAUGAAAUAUAAGUUAUAUCUAAAUAAACCGUAGUUGAUAAGUGAGAAAAACAAAAGUAAAAGAAUUAUAUUUACUAUUGAGAGAGAGAGAGAGAAGAAAAACAAAAACACAGUAAGCGACGAUGUGUGGAAGAAACUAAGUAAAAAGAUAAAAAAUAUUAAAUGCAAAAACAUAAUGCACGUAAACCAACAACAAACAAUGAUAACAAAUACAAAAAUAGGUGAAAGAGAAAUAACGAAAUUGUAAUUACUGAAAACAAAAAAA